AUAACCAAAUAGUUUGCCUCUGAUCAGACUGAAGGAGGUGGCUUUUCUUUUUCAUUCUUUUUUAGAUGUAAUGAUUUGAAUACGUAAACAAGUAAAUUGAUGAUCACAGUCUAUUGUUAUUUUCACAAGUGUUCUUUUGGAGUAGCACGACUAUGUACAAACCACUGCUUUAUUGAUCUGACUGCAUUACUGCUCCCUUAAAGCAGGAAGACUCAGAGAUCAGCUGACAGUGGAGGGUGUAGUUGAUCAUUGACAGGCAACUCCAAUUUAUUUUGUACAGUGAUGCUGCCAGGCAAUACUUCACUUCCUUCUAGGGCACCGUGACUACCUGUCAGCUGCUGUUUCUAGCUCUAUCUAACUAUGCACCCCUACCACAGCUCUCAGUCCAGACUGGACCAUCUCCACUCUGAAGGUCCAGUUGGUCAUGGCCACCUCGGGUCAUCCACAUCUCUGCUGCUGUGCACGCCCGAGCAUUCAGCAUCAAUGUUAAUGAGCCGCUACAAGGAAUCUACACAGUCAUGUCCAUCCACAAGCCGAGACUGGCAUUGUCCAGUCUGUUUGCAGACGGCCAGCUUCCCAGUCCAGACGAACUGCGGCCAUUUGUUCUGUGCUCCCUGUCUGAUCGCCUACUGGAGACAUGGGUCCUGGUUGGAUGCAAUCAGCUGCCCGCUCUGCAGACAGAAGGUCAGCGUGCUGUGCAACCUAUUUAACGAGAGUCGGUCAGACCGCCAGUCAAAGGAAGUUCUUGGGGAAAUCACAGACUACAACAAACGUUAUUCUGGAGCCCCGCGAAGGUUACUGGCCCGCGGCCUGGGCACCAUGAGAGGACUCGUGUGGUUGUUUUUCUUCAGGGUGGCCUUGUGCUGUGUGGGGACCGUGCUGUCCAUCUCCUACCCUCCUCUGGACACUACCUCCUCAUCAGCAAAUCUGCUGGAAACAGACCCCUCCCUAUGUGGACUGCUGGGGGUCCUAGAUGACCUGGUGGUGGUCAUCCUGCUCCUUAUCUGCAUUAUCAACAUCAACCAGCAAAUGGCGCCAGAGAGCGGAGGACACAAUGCAAAUGCUACAACCUCACAAGGAGUACUGGGGAAUUCACUGUAGACAGAUGCUGCUGGAGUGUCAGUACAAGCUGUUUGACAUGGACUUUCAUUGGAUUUCUUCUUUUUGGCUGUAGCUAGUUGGAUUAGUAGAUGCAAGAAUAUUGACAGGCGCACAGCGUGUAAUAGCCACGAUGUUAGAUGGCGUCUGAGCCUCUCAGACUCCAGGCCUGCUUGAGUGUUUACAGAGCCUAUGCUAAAGUGAUAUCUAAAAUACAAUGUUAGGCAGUGUGCUGGUUUAGCUGUGGUUACAAAUUCGUAUUCCUUAAACUCCUAAGGCCUGACUGUCUGGCUUGGAUAUAUUUAAUCCAUAUUAAAUAAGCAAAAUCAGCAGUUUAAAUUGCCAUUUCCGCCGUUAUAUUUUAAUUAUAAUCCAUAUUUUUUACCCAGGAAAAACUGUCCACUUUCAUUUUUACUCCAAAUUGGGCAGCAACUGUGCCAAUUUGUUUCAGCAAGUGUGAGACAAGUGUUCACUUCAGUACUGAAAUAAUGACAUCUGUGUAAAUACUUGAUAUUGUAUGAAUUCAUGUUUUGUGUAAAAUAAAGUAUAUUUAUU